AUGGCCAUUCUUAAGCAGUUGACAAUAAACUUCCCAUUAAUUGAAGCAUUAAAGAAAAUGCCCGAGUAUGCAAAGUGCAUGAAAGACCUUGUUAUGAAGAACCAGACAGUUACUUUUGAGAAGGUGGACAAUCUGCAUCAUUGUGGUACUUUUUCUACAAGGUCGUUGGUGAAGAAGAAGGCAGACCCGGGAGCAUUUACCAUCCUGUGCAAUAUUGGGCCUCUUGAGUUCGGGAAAGCUCUUUGUGAUUUGGUAGCCAGUAUAAAGUUGAUGCCUCUUAAUGUGUAUUAUAAACUGGGUUUAGGGGAUCCCACUCCCACAAAAAUGAGAUUAGCUAUGGCAGACAGAUUUGUGAAGCAGCCCAUGGGGAUUUUAUAUGACAUAUUAGUGAAAGUGGCCAGUUUCAUAUUUCCAACUGAUUUUAUCUUUCUCGAUUGCGAGGUGGACUUUGAGGUGCCCAUAAUAUUGGGUAGACCUCUCCUCAUAAACGGGAGUGUACUUAUUAAUCUUAAGGAAAAUAAGCUACUAUUCAAGAUGAAUGAUGAAGUAGUUCGAUUCGAUGUCUGCCAGUCCAUGAAAUAG